AGGAAAGAGAGAGAGAGAUCGUAUUUAUCGAUGUCUAACUGUGUUUAAGGUGCAGUACUGAUAAGAACCCCAAAGCGACAAGCUGACAGAAAAGGGCUGUGUGCCUGCAAACCCUACAGCUCAGUAACAUAAGCUGUAUCAAGAUCUUUUGAGGGGAAAUUUCGGAAUCCAGAUAAUUUUCUUCUAUGUGGAAUUUGGAACUUUCUGUUAAUCCUACGGGUCUUUUACGAUUACCAGAACUUGGUAAACGUCCAGCUCCGAAACAUUCUGGGAACCAGGAAUCAUCUAAACGUAAUUCCUGAAGUAGCAACUUCAAGGAUUCGAGACCUUCUGUGACUUUGGAAACACUACUCCUCCUGCUCCUCACCUCUUGCUUUUGAACUUCAGAAACUCUGUGAGAUUUCUUUUGAAUAUUUUCUGGAUUACCUGCUUUUGUUUUGCAAGUUUUGGAACCUAAGUACCCCAAGAAACAAGCUGUGAUUCACUUUGGAGUCAGUUCUGGACAUUCAAACUGCAAUUUAAAUCUUCCAAAAUCCAUUGUUGACCUUUUUCUGGAACACUGGCCCAACUCUUGACUCCUUCUACGCUGCACAGUUAUCCUGGAUAUUUGGGUACCAUUGUUUUCCUGAGUAAGUCUCAGUAUUUCCUCAAACUUUCCUCAUGGCUCAAUCAAGCUCCUGUCCAAAUCCAGACUUGUCAAACGUUGCUGUCAUCCACAGUCCGCUAGGUGUUUGUUCAGACCUGGAUAGCCAGAGAGGGAGAGAGGAUGAGGGAGAGGAGGAAGACGAGGAGGUGGAGCUGGCAGAGGAGGUGGGGGAAGAUGUUCUGAUGAUGGGUGCAACAGGACAGGAGCAAACUGAAGAUGAAAGCAAAGAACAGAGUGAAAGGGAGGAAGGGAGGAUUAUCCAAGAGGCCUUGUUGCCAAAUGGCGAAAUGGGAGAGGGGAAGGGAGGAGGAAGUCUGGAGGAAAAUGAGGAUGGAGAUGUGGAAAUGGGGGAUGAACAGCAAGAAAUUGUAGAUGAACUAACAACAAAGACUGAAAAUCAAUGUCAUUCAUUGGUUGAGGAAGCUAACCAACAAGCAUUAGACAGCAAUGGAGAACACGAAGAAGAGACAGGAAAUGAAGAAACUGGACAGAAGGAUGGAGAACUAGAAGUUGGAGAUGAACUGGAAGAAAAUGUAGACAAACAGACAAUACAGAACGAAUGUGAAGAGACAAAGAUGUUGACUAAAAAAUCAAGUCAUUCUUCAAUGUUAGUAGAGGUUGAGAGAGUUGACUGGCAGGUAUUAGACAGUGACGGCGAAUGUGAGGGAGAGCUGGUAAACGAUGAAGAAGAAAACGAACAAAAUGAAGAAAUACCGAGUGGAAAAACAGAAGAGACCGGCAAUGAUGAAGCAGUCCAUGAUGAGGAUGUUGCUAUAGUGGAAUCAGGAGAGAGGACAGAAUCAUCUAAUAAUGACCAAGAGGAAACAGAAGUUUGUCCUGGAGACGUAACAAAAGAUGCUGAGGAUCUAGAAACAGAUUUGACCCCUGUAACUACUGAGAUAUAUGAACAAGUUCCCUUUAAUCCAAAUGAAGCCUCAACUCUUAUUGAUACAUUCAGCGCAACUGAAGAGGUGUCCGGUCAAACCGACCAAGUAACCAAUGAUGUUGAAGAUGAAAUGAAUUCUGGUGAAAAAGAAAACUCAGAAUUAGACAUCAGCAUUGAGGCAAAGAUUGAGGAUGUGGAGGUCCAUGAGACUGCACAAGAUGCAACAUCUGAUUUUGGGGAUGUUGAUGUAGAAGCAAAUCAAAUGGUUGAGCAACCAGACAUAACCUUAGUUCCCUCUAAAGAGCAGUCAAAGUCGGAAGGAGGGAUUGAGGAAACAGGGAUGGACGGGAUUGACCAGAAGGAGGAAGAGCAGGAGCGACAGGUUGAGGCUAAUGCUGUAGAAGUGAUGGAUGGGGGAGGACAGAGUGUGAAAGAGGAGGGGAGGGAAAGUGCUAAUGUUGCUAGAGAGUUAACAGGUGAGGAGGAGAACAGAGAUCCUGAAAUGCAAGAAGAAAAGCUUGAAAACACAGUGAUGGUGGUGCUUCUUGAACCAGUGGUCCACUGUGCAGAGGAGGUUCCUGUAGACACCCAUCCAGAAGAGAGUCUGGAUGAGGUGGAGGAGGCUUUUGAACUCGAUGAACACGGUGAAGAUGAACAACUAAGAGGUGAGGAGAAUGAACCGACAACAGAUGGGGGAGGUGAGUUACAAGAACAUCCUUUGCAGCCCCUCAGAGAAGCAGGGACAGAUUGGGGAGACAAAACACAACUAGAAAGGAGACCUGAAGAAGAUGUGGUGGCAGGAGGUGAAGAAACAAUGGAGGGAGAGCCUGUGACAGUUUUAGAUGAUGACACUGAAGAUGAGAGUAGACAACCUGAAGAACAAAUUCCUGUUGCUGUUACAAGUUCUUGUGAUGACGCCACAGACAAGCCUAAAGAUGAAGAGCUACAAGGAGAGAGGGUUGAAGAGAAUGAUGAGAAACAGAAAGAAGAGACAAAUGAAAAGCAAAAAGAGCACAACACAGAGGUGGAGUUGGACAUAAAUGGAAGAGUGAAAGGACUGAAACAAGCGAUGGAAAACGGAAUCUUGUUUCCUGAGCCGACGAAAGAAGGAUUGGGGAAAGCAAGAGUGCUGUCAUCUAAGAGAAAAGAUAAUGACUGGAUUAAAAAAGACCAACCAGAGGAAGAGACAGCACCAGAAAUGAAGGACUGGAGGAAAGAGCUGAAGCCUGUCAAAAAAGACAUUUGGGAGGCGGAGAGGGGAAAGAAAGAAUGGGGGAGGAAAGAAGACACAAGUCAGCUAAAGAAGCAGGACUGGAUAAAGGAGCUGAAGUCAGUGAUUAAAGAUGAAUCAAUGCCCAAAAAGAGAGACGAUCAGGUGAAGAAGAAGCGAGUGGUGCUGUUGGAGGACGGACAUUCAUACAUCCCCCAGCGGGAGGAGAUGAUUGAGGAGAAGCGAGAGGAGGUUAAGCUGAUAUCUCAUAGGAGAGUGGAGAGUCCUUUGCCUCCUGUGUGCAGGAACAGCAAAACACAGCAGGAUCAGGAGUAUGAAAUCUCACUGUAUGUGAAGGCAGGAAGUGAUGGCGAGAGCAUCGGUAACUGUCCUUUUUCUCAGAGACUCUUCAUGAUCCUGUGGCUGAAAGGAGUCAUCUUCAACGUCACCACAGUCGACCUCAAGCGGAAGCCGGCAGACCUCCAGGAUCUCGCUCCAGGAACCAACCCUCCCUUCAUGACCUUUAACGGUGAGGUCAAGGUGGACGUCAACAAGAUCGAGGAGUUCCUGGAGGAGAAACUGGCCCCACCUCGCUACCCCAGACUGGCUCCCAAACAUCCUGAAGCCAACACAGCUGGGAUUGACGUCUUUGCCAAGUUCUCAGCGUACAUCAAAAACCCAAGAAAAGACACCAACGACGCCUUAGAGAAAGCCUUGCUGAAGUCUCUUCGGCGCCUCGAUGACUUCCUGAGAACUCCCCUGUCGGAGGAAAUCGACGCUGAUGCCUCAGGUGACCUGCCCGAGUCCUCCAGGAGCUUCCUAGAUGGACCUGACCUCACGCUGGCUGACUGCAACCUGCUGCCUAAACUACACAUCCUGAAGGUUGUAGCCAAGAAAUACCGCGGCUUUGAGAUCCCGGAGGAGAUGGCGGGAGUGUGGAGGUAUUUAAACUGCGCCUACAAGAGGGAGGAGUUCACCAGCACCUGUCCUGCCGAGAGGGAGAUCGAGUUUGCCUACCUGGAUGUUGUAAAAAGAAUCAAAUAAGAGCAGGAAAUAGUCGAAAUAGAAGAUAUGAAAAGAUUCAAGGAGGUAGAAAUAAAGAAAAGCAGUUACAAGGACAAAGAAUGAUUGGAAACCUAAAGAAGAUGAAAAGAAGGGGAGAUACUGAAUAGGAUUGCAGUAUAUAGCCUAGACCGAUCUAAACCAUUUAUUAUAUGAUUCUACCGUUUUGUGUGUGUGUGUGUGCAUUUGUGCGUGUGUGUGUGUGUGUGUGUGUGUGUGUGUGUGUGUGUGUGUGUGUGUGUGUGUGUGUGUGUGUGUGUGUGUGUGUGUGUGUGUGUGUGUGUGUGUGUGCACUCACAGGUUGGGCUGCAUCUUUAUAACCAUUUUACACAUAAUGCUAAUCAGUAAUUAGCAGGUCGCUGGCAGAAUUAUUUCUUGAUUUCUUUUGUUUUUGACUUCUCAGAUAAUGGCAGGGCCAAGUUCGCUGCAAAAUAAAAAAGUACACAUAAUAGUGAAGCAUUACCGUUCAGUAUUACUGCAUUAUAUACUCUACUUACAGCUAGAACAUUUGUAUUUACAGUUUAAUCAUUUUUAAAGUAUAAAUCUGUUAUUCAAGCCGAUUCAGAAUCAUGGAACUAAAGCAUUAUACAGCAUUUAAUCAUAGCCAGAAGAAUUCGUUUCUAUUAAUAUUCUCUCCUCCUUUAGUAGCAAUAAUACUACUCUGUCUAUGUUUGAUUCUAAUAAACAGGAGAGUGCACUUAAAGACAGGUUUUUAUAAUCCACAGCUGGAUUCAGAGCAGAAACAUGUCAGCACAGAUCAGAACUUACUGUAUAUCAACCACAGGUCUCCUCUUUAACCCUCCUGUUGUCUUUAUUUAUGGGCACCAAAAAAAUAUUGUUUCCUUGUCUAAAAAAAAUCUAAAAAAUCAUCGAAACACAUCCCCAACAUUUCUGAAAUUUUGCUUCAGGAAGAACAUUCCAAUAAUUCCUCAAUUUUUUUUUUUUUUAAAAAUCCCCAAAUGUGGCAAGAAAAUUCUUGUAAAUAUUUUCAAAAAAUGUCAAAAAUAAUUACAUAUAUAUCAGCAAAACUAAUUUCGCUGGAUUUUGGUUGAUUUUUUUGUGAAUGCUCUAUAGAAACAUUUUAACAUGUUUUUUUUCCCACCAAACAAUGUUCAGAGAUUUCCCAAAAAUGCUGAAAAUGUGGACAUCAGAAGGUUUACUGUGAAAAUAUAUAUUUUUCUCUCAUAUUUUCAAAGUUUAAAACAGGUCAAUUUGACCUGCAGGACAACAUGAGGGUUAAUAUCUAUAAAGAGUUUUUGGUUCAAAUGUAGAAACCACAGAGCAAAUCCCAGAGGUUUCCACUGUAAUGUGAAUAUGCCUUAAAUCCUACCACAAUAUGUGUAAAAUGCAUCCUGUGAUUCACUUUUUGUUAAGUUCCUGCUUAAUUUUAUCGAUUAAUCAGAUUAAACUGAAAACACAAAGCAUUCUUUUCAUUUAACAGUGAAUGAGUCUGAUGUGUGCUGACAGAUGUGUGUGAACAGACUGCUGUGGUUAUAUUUGAAAUGAUUGUUUUGGACUUUCUGAUUUUGUAGUUCACUCUCAGACCACUAACACUGGAUCAGUCUCUCAGUCAGCACAGAAAAAGUUGUAUUUAACCUCAAGGAAGCCAAUUUUGGUGAUGUUUUUUGCCCUGUUUUGAUAAAAUUGUCCUAAAACGUACUCAUUUACUGUCAUUUGGGAAUGUUGGGUUCAAUUUUCUUUUUCUGCCUUAACAAGAGGACAGAAAUGUUCUAUUUUUACCCCCAACUUCCCUUGAAUGCAGCUUUAUUCAGUUAAAAUCACUGUUUUUGCACCCAGACUCCAUUUCAACUGAGACAAUCAGCCGUUCAGUGUUUGGCAGAGAUGAAAUGUUAUCUGUAGCUAAAUAACCCUGACACCAGCCUGCUGUGUUCUGGCCUUAUAUCCUCUCUGAGGGGAGAAUCUUUAUUAAACUGAUUUUAUCACUA